UAUAAGGGGACUAAAGGCAAAGGAGAAGGCGGUUGAGGUGGUCUUUGGAGUGGAAAGAGAGGAGAACAAAGAGAGGCCUGAGGAGGGAAGCAGAUGGCUCCGGUUGGUCUACCGCCCGGCUUUAGGUUCCACCCGACCGACGAGGAGCUGGUAAAUUACUACCUCAAGAGGAAGAUUCAUGGGCUUAAGAUUGAGCUUGAUAUAAUCCCUGAAGUGGACCUUUACAAGUGUGAACCAUGGGAAUUAGCAGAGAAAUCAUUCUUGCCUAGUAGGGAUCCAGAGUGGUAUUUUUUUGGGCCAAGAGAUCGGAAGUACCCUAAUGGCUUUCGCACCAAUCGUGCAACACGAGCAGGAUACUGGAAGUCGACAGGGAAAGACCGGAGAGUUUGCUAUCAGAAUCGAGCUAUUGGUAUGAAGAAAACAUUGGUAUAUUAUAAAGGUCGAGCUCCACAGGGGAUCAGAACAGACUGGGUGAUGCAUGAGUACCGUCUCGAUGACAAGGAGUGUGAGGACACCAUGGGAAUUCAGGACUCGUAUGCAUUGUGCCGAGUCUUCAAAAAAAAUGUGGUUUGCACAGAAGUGGAAGAGCAGGGGCAAUGUAGCUUAGCAUUGGUGGAGGGCUCCCAAGGAGUACUAGCUGAGUAUGAGACCAUGUCACCUGAUGUGCCUGUGGGAUCGUCAUCCUGCAUCGACGAGGAAGACAAAGAUGAUGCAUGGAUGCAAUUCAUUACUGAUGAUGCAUGGUGUAGUAUGUCAAGCAAUGAAGGUGGUCAGGACCCAUCAUGUGUGGCAAUUGCUAAUCAAUAGGCUUCUUUUUCUUCCUCGUCUUUUCCAUCCUUUUUUUUUUUUCCUUGCUUGGGAUAUGGUAUUGGGUGGUAAAUAACAUGCUUGGAGUAUAAUUUUUAAUGUAAUAAUGCAAAUAUUCAUAUUAAUUACAUCUCCUUAGGAGGAGAUUGCUUGGAUCUUCA